AUGUCUCAGGGCCAGGAAAUACUAUACUACAUAUGUGUUGAAAACCUUGAAUCCUCUAGUGAGAGCCAGGAUGGGGAGGAAGCAGAGUUUCUUGUGGCUUCAGAAGAGGCUUCAGCUGCUGAAAUAAUCAGUAGUUCCCAAGAUCCUGAGGAGGCCACAUGCCCUUCCACUGCCAUCACAGAAAUCUUGCUGAGCAAAUCAGAUGAGUUCUUCAGCAUCCAAGAAGAAGAGCCAGGUCCAAGCACUUUGCAGUCCAUGCUGGGUCCUGCUCAGUUGUCCAGAGGUCCUGUAGCUGACAAGGUGGCUUUGUUGGUGAGAUUCCUGCUGCAUAAGUAUCAUGUGAAAGAGGUAGUCACUAAGGAACUCAUGAUGAAUAUGGUUACUAGACAGUAUGAGGAUCACUUUUCUAAGAUCUUCAGUAUGGCUUCUGAGCGCCUGGAGCUGGUCUUUGGCAUUGACAUGAUAGAACUGUAUCCCGACAGCCAGUGCUAUGUCCUCUUCAAUAAGCUGGGUAUCACCUAUGAUGGGAUGGUGAAUGAUGAUACAAGUUCACCCAAGACUGGCCUCCUGAUUAUUAUCUUGGGUGUGAUUUUCAUGAAGGGAAGCCGCACCACUGAGGAAGAGAUCUGGAAAGUGCUAAAUAGGAUGGGCAUAUAUUCUGAGAAGUAUCACUUCAUAAUAUCCACAGAAACUUUAGAAGAAUUUGGUCCUAAUGACCAGAUUAUAGGGAAUGGGGCCAAAAAAGACAUCCUCUGUAAGGGGAAUUAG